UGGGCUCCUCCCCCAGCCGGCCCGGGCGAGGCCUGCCCCGUGUGCUGACCGGUGCGGCGGCCGCAGAGGGGUCGGACGCUCAGCGGCGCCCGGCCCGGGGAGGUGGAGGAGACGGUUGCAGCGGCGGCAGCGCGCGAGGCGAGCUAGCGCGAGAGGCGGCGCGCGGGCAGAGCCCCGGCUCCCGCGGGGCACCAUGCCGGGCGGGCGGGUGUGCGCCGUGUGCGGCGGCUCGGAGAUCGAGGUGGACGCGGCGCGGGGGGACGCGGUGUGUACGGGCUGCGGCUCGGUGCUCGAGGACAACAUCAUCGUCUCCGAGGUGCAGUUCGUGGAGAACAGCGGCGGCGGCUCCUCGGCCGUGGGGCAGUUCGUGUCCUUGGACGGUGCUGGUAAAACACCAUCAUUAGGAGGAGGAUUCCAUGUCAAUUUGGGAAAGGAAUCACGAGCACAGACUCUCCAGAAUGGGAAACGUCAAAUUCAUCACUUGGGAAACCAGUUGCAACUCAACCAGCAUUGUCUUGAUACUGCCUUUAACUUUUUCAAGAUGGCGGUGAGCAAGCACUUAACCCGUGGGAGAAAGAUGACCCAUGUAAUCGCUGCAUGUCUCUACUUGGUGUGUAGGACAGAAGGAACACCUCACAUGUUACUUGACCUCAGUGACCUUCUUCAGGUGAAUGUCUAUGUGCUGGGAAAAACUUUCCUUCUGCUGGCCAGAGAGCUCUGCAUAAAUGCUCCAGCUAUAGAUCCAUGUUUAUAUAUUCCUCGUUUUGCGCACAUGCUAGAAUUUGGAGAAAAGAACCAGAAGGUAUCAAUGACAGCUCUAAGAUUAUUACAGAGGAUGAAAAGAGACUGGAUGCACACAGGACGCCGACCAUCGGGGCUCUGUGGAGCAGCUCUUCUAGUGGCAGCAAGAAUGCAUGAUUUCCGACGUACUGUUAAAGAGGUUAUCAGAGUGGUCAAGGUUUGUGAGUCUACGUUAAGGAAAAGGCUUACAGAGUUUGAAGAUACACCAACGAGUCAGCUAACUAUAGAUGAAUUUAUGAAGAUUGACUUGGAAGAGGAGUGCGAUCCUCCUUCAUUUACUGCUGGUCAAAGAAAAUUAAAGAUACAGGAGCUUGAGAAAGCGCUGUCAAAAAAGCUUGAAGAUGUUGAAGGUGAAAUAUCAGUUUACCAAGAUGAAAUAGAGAAUGAAUUAGAAAAUAGUAGGCCAAAGGCAAAAGGAGUAUUAGCAAAUUUGACUAAAGAUGAAUCUAUAGAAGAUAAUACUGCUAGUGUAUUUGGAGAGGAGGAGGCAGAAGAUGAAGAACUGGAAGCAGCUGCUAAUCAUUUAAACAAGGACUUUUGUAAUGAACUUCUCGAUAAAGAUAGAUUAAAGAAAAAUGAAGGGAGAGAAUGCAAAAAUGGAAAUGAAACUCCUGUAUGGCCACCUGCACUAGAAUCUCUGCUUGGCCCACUCCCUACUGCUGCCAGCCUUGGGAUAACAGAGUCUAUACAAGAGUGUAUAUCCCCUAAGGAUCGAGACCACAAUCUCAAAGUGCUUUCCAAAGGUGAAAAUACAGGAGAUGGUGAACUAGAUCUUAGUGGAAUUGACGACACUGAAAUAGAUAGGUAUAUACUUGAUGAAACGGAAGCUCAAAUAAAAGCAGAACUGUGGAUGAAAGAAAAUGCGGAUUAUUUAAAGGAACAAAAGGAGAAAGAAGCAAGAAUAGCAAAAGAGAAGGAGCUUGGGAUUUAUAAGGAACACAAGCCAAAGAAGUCUGCAAAAAAGCGGGAGCCAAUUCAAGCCAGCACAGCAGGAGAGGCAAUUGAAAAAAUGUUGGAACAGAAGAAAAUCUCAAGUAAAAUUAAUUAUAAUGUGCUAAAGGACCUGAACAGCAAAGGAAGUAGCACACCAAAGAAAGAGGACGACAGCACUGAUGACAGCAGCAACACCAAGAAGCUGUCAAGAAGAAAAUCUACUGCCAGUAGGAAUAUAGCCAGCACUGUAAACAGUAUGGGGAAAAGAUUAAGACCCAUGAUUUCUACACAACUAGCUAAAAAGGCUGCAACUGAAGAGGUAACCUUUCCAGUUUCACAGACAGAAGGGCCAGAGCUUGAAAAACCAGAGAAUGUUCUGGUAGAGAGUGGACCGGUAUCAUAUAACCAUGAGGAAGAAGUUGAGGAAGAAGAAAUAGAAGAAGAGGAUGAUCACUGCAUGAGUGCACUUCAGUUAAUGGGAGGAAAUGAUUACGGCUGUGAUAUGGACGAUGAUGACGGUUAUUAGUCCUGUUUGCUUCCAAAGGAGAUGUAGUAAUUUGUGAUUCCAAUGGCUUUAUGAAUGGUGAAAGAAGCUGUCUGUGAUCUGCAGACGUAACUGAACAAUCCUGACUUUUGUAAAGAGAAUUUUAGUUGAGUGUUGAUUCUGGUCAGUUUACAUUGACCUAUAACCCAGCAAUAAAGUUUGGGUUUAUUGUACUUGAAAUUUUUUUUGGAUCAUGUUUUGAGGAAGGAAUUAAUGGAAGUAAUGUUUCCAGAGAACAAAGAAAAAUAGCCUGUAUGCAGAGUAUGUUGUGGUUAGAAACUACAUAUCUCUCAUUUGAUCCUGCUUCAGGCAUGCUACUGAAAAGUAACGUAUAGAAGAGGAAUAAAUUAUAAAGUAAGUAAAACCUCCACAUACAUCUUUGAACUAUACCAGUGUUAAUUCUCUCAUAAUGCUAUAAUGAGAAAAAUGGAUAAUCUAAUCUUUAUUAUUAAUGUGACUCUGCCAUUGUAUACAAGCUUCCCUACUUGAUACUCUUCCAAAAGUAAAUAAAUUAAGGGAAAAGAUAUAAUUCUAUGGCAGUAUCUCUUUAAAUUAAAUUAAUCCUCAGAAGCUAAAUAUGUGCUUACGUACAUUAAUAAUAGAGUCGUGUGUUCCUCAAGAGAUGCUGACAGUAGAAGAGAACAUUGUCACAGAAGGGUGGUUUCUACUGCUCUGUAAAUGCUGAAGAAAUAUUUGUGGAAAAAAUGGUUAGAUAAAGGCAAAGCAUCUAUAGGGAAAGCAGGAGACACUGCUGUGGCCAAAUUUAUUCCGGUGACUCUGCAUGACUAUACUGCUGUGGUGUCAUAGGACUGCUAUGGAUGUGAUGGUGGAGGUUGGUGCAGUAGGGUGACUAUUGCUACUGUUAGUGACCUGCUGCAUUCUGGCUGGGUUUGGGACCAGACUUGCUCUGUGUUGCAGCCACACAGAGAACAGCCUAUCUCUAAAGGUCUAGGGGUUUUUAAAUAAAAAAAAAAAGAAGAAAAAAGCUGAGCUUUUUGUAUAAAUAAGCUAGUUUCUGAUUUGACUGAAGUUUAAUUUAAUUUAUUUAACUUUUUUAUUGGUAAAUUAAAGGUCACCCAUAGGGCAACCAGAUUGGCUCAGCUUGACUUUCGUUUUGUACAGUAACUAACAGCAUUAUUGCCAGGACUCAGGCCUCUGAAAUCCUACACUUCAAUACACUAACACUUCAACACACUGUCUGAUCCCAAAAUAGAACAACUCAUCUGAAUGCUAGCUCUGUGGGAUAAAAUCAGGCCUGGUGUUGGCAGAUUCAACUCCAUCAACCCUGACCUCCCUCUGCCCUCACCUUUAGGGCCUGAUCCAAAGCUCACUGAAGUCUGUGGAAAGACUCCGGUGGACAUUAAUAUGCUUUGGAUCAAGACCUUAAUGAUUUUGGGAGCCACUGGAGUUCUGACAUUUUCGUCUUUCUCACCUGGCUGUUGACGGUCAAGGAAGCUGCACCAUCUGCCAGAACCAGCCCAGCUCAGGGAAGGUUAGUUACACAUCUCUUAGCAAAACAGUCUUCCCUGAGCAGGGCUGCUACAGGUCAGAGUUUGAAUCUACUCUCUCCCACACUGGUGAGAAGCACCCCAUUUAUUAUUAGGUAGAACACUCAUCACAGAAACACCAUCCUCCUCUUCCCUCAGCUCUGACUGGGGAGCUGGAAAAAUGUGCCUCACACACGGAAAGGGAAGUUGGAUGUUGGUGCUUCUCCCAGGAGCCCAAGGAGAAGGAGACUGAGCAGCUCCUUUGAUCACCACCAGCUGGGCUGACAGAGACGGAAACAGUGCUGUCCAGACUUCCAGUGACAUUAAAGAGGGCAGAGGCACUUGACCUUCCCUCCUGACAGCCAGUAAAAGGGGGUGGAGGGAGGAGAGAGGUAAGAUCCCACACAGGGCUUCAUUGGGACACAAUUUUAAUAUUGGUUUGGCUAGUCAAUGUAAUGCUUUGGCUAGUAUGUGUCUGCUCGAUAUUUUUGAGCCUUGUUUCUGCAAUGGCUGUGAGACGGCAUGUGCUGUUGCAGAGUUUGGGUAGCAAAAUGAAUGGGCUUUGGAAAGAUUUUUGCAGUUGGAAAGAGGAGAUUUAGUGUAAUUCUUAUGGGAAAAGCUGGUACUCUAUAAGGAAAGCUACAGAUGUUUUCUGGCUGCUUUGGUAGCUACACAAAUGCUGCUCUGAGAAUUAAGUUAUGGAGUUAAACCUUUUCUAUCUGCACCAGAAUGCAAAAUCACGCUGUUACAUCAUAAUAAUUUUAAAAAUACCAACCCAGGUGCAUUAUGCCUCUGCAAAUCUAUGGUAUACCUACCUAAGCCAGUUAGGUUGAAUUUGAAUAUUGCAGCACUCUGCCCAAGAGCAGUAUUGUUCCCAGUAUAUUCUCAAAAUCUGGAUUUUACUCCAAGGCACAAAUUAUUUUAUACACCGGAAAUAAACAUGCGUAUUGACUCCCGGAGGAUAGAAUACCCUCUUGUCUCAAAGGUGUAGUAUUUGCUCUUGAAGAAGCCACUAAGAUGAAUUCUUUAUUGCUGAGAUUCUCUCUCACAUUUUUCAGUGUAGAUUUUCAUAGUUUUUUUACACCCCUCCCACCCCCCCCAGUGGAAUACUAAACCAGCUGCCAGGGCAGUGGCUCAUUAGACUGGGGAGCACAGUGGAGUCCACUACACUCGAAACAGACAAAUGGGAAAUGAGAAUUUCAGUAAUGGGUUGGGUUUCUGGAAGCUUUAUUUUCCAAACUGGAGGCAAGAGGUGCUUAUCCAUUUAGGAGGGGAAAAUACUUGCAGGGGUUUUGGGUGCUCUCAUAAGAUUCAAUCAGAACAUGCUAUCUCACAAUCUACCAUAAAAGCACUUAGAGAGGACAAAAAGCCCAACAGUUCCAUAGCAUCCCAGCAUUGCUAGUGAAUUUAACUCUAUAUGCCCUUGUAUAGGAGCCUAAAUGAAAAGGGAAGGGCCGUUGUGUCAAAUAGGGAGAAUGUAAAGAUUUUCAAACCAGUUGCAUACAUCUUUAAUUUGCUGGUGACUAGCUGGGAUUUUUAUAAGUUUCCUUCCUUUGUGAUUUAACUAAGCUCAGGAAAUGUAAACAGAUUAGAAGAUGCUAGUUUCUGUUUUUAUAACCACUUAUGAAAAUGUAAAAAGGUUAAUGUAGCAUUAACUCUGUUUACUACUGUUAAUGUAUCAUAGUGACCUUGCAGAAGACGUUUUGCUGUAUUGUAGCCUGGAUUCCCUUGGAGUAAUUUGGACCCUGCUUUAUUCAGGAUUCUAAUGAUAAUGAAGAGAGAUUAUAAGGCUUCAGCAUGUGUUGUUCUUAGAUCUUUGUACUAGAACUCACGUGAGAUACAUAUCUGUAUAAAGCAUAGAUGUCUCUUGCUGCAAGUCACUUUGACAGGCAAAACCCUCCCGCUGUUGCAUUGUAUUUGUCUGCCAUGAAGCCUCUUUAACACACAUUACUAUUGUGGGAAUAAAAUAUGAAAGAGGAAUAAGGAAAGUAACAAGAUUGUUCACCAGGAUAAUUGCAUUUUCUGUGUCUUAAUCUUGUAUGACGUUCUUUUAAAGACACUGUGUUCAAUACAGCAGAUCUUAAAUGGUGCCAGACGGCCUUAUGUUGUGGGCUACGUGUUCAUCUAAAAAGUUCUUGCCAUCCUGAUCGCUUGUCUGUAUUCUUUUUGGAUUGUAUUGAAACUCUCGUCCACAGAUGUAUGCUGUUAAUGUGUCCUUUGCCCAGUACUACUUUUUAUUUUUGUAUUGAGUCUACACAUUUGAUUCAGUUAGUGCUAAGAGAAUUACAACUGUUCAGUGUAAGCAUAUGUAUCUUCUUUACACAACCACAAUAUGAGCCAUGUUCAGCUUUUUUAUUGUAAUAUAUUUGCUGUAAAUAAAUCCCCCCAAAAAACCCUUGCAUACCCCA